GCGGGUUCCGGCGGCCGCGGCGAGGAUGCCGGCGCGGAGGACUCCGGCGGCGGGUUCCUGCGCGGGACGACCGUCGCUGCUCUGCCGGCAGCGUCUCCGGGCCGCCCUGGGCCGGCGGCCACGGCCUGAGGCCCUGUGCAGCCUUGCGGCCUCGGAGCCGGGCAAGAGAGUUCCGGGCGGCGGGCGGCGCGGAGACGAGGCGGCCGAGAGCGCGGGCGGCCACCGGGAGAGCCGCCGUUGUGCGCCAGGGCCCGGCGAGAAGCGCAGCGGCCGGAGAGUGCCAGGUGAAGUGGCAGCGAAGGAGGGCAGCCCAGCGUCCAGCAGGGGAGCCCAGGAGCUGAGGCAGCAGCUGACUAGGAAACAGUGGAGAAACCGGCAGAAGAACAAGCGGCGGCAGAACAACAAGUUCAAGGCCUCCAGUGGCCGGCUUCUGGCAUCUUCCGUGUCAGACAACCCUCCGGAUGACCAGAGAGGCCUGACCCCGGGUACUGAGGUGCCUGACAGGCAGACACCGUCCCUGCGGCAGCGCCUGGAGAGCCGCCUGGAUGCUGCUCGCUUCCGCUACAUCAACCAGCUGCUGUACACAUGUUCCAGCCGAGAGGCAGCCCAGCUUUUCCAGGAAGACCCCGAGGCUUUAGCUGUCUACCACCGAGGUUUUGCCUUGCAGGCGGCCCGCUGGCCCGAGCGACCGGUGGAGCGCUUUGUGCACUAUCUUCAACAUAGACCGGCCUCCCUGGUUGUAGCUGACUUUGGCUGCGGGGAUUGCACCCUGGCUCGCAGCCUGCCCAACCGGGUGCACUGCUUCGACCUGGCGGCCCUGGACCCGCGUGUGACCGUCUGCGACAUGGCACAGGUGCCGCUGGAGGACGCCUCCGUGGACGUGGCCGUUUUCUGCCUGGCGCUGAUGGGCACCAACCUGCGCGAGAUCCUGCAAGAGGCUCACCGCGUCCUGCGAGCGGGGGGGACCCUGCUGGUGGCCGAGGUGGCGAGCCGCUUCGCGGACCUACGGGCCUUCCUGGGGGCGCUGGCCCGGCUGGGCUUCCGGCUGACCUCCAAGGAUGUUUCGGGCAGCCACUUCUACACCUUCGAGCUGCGCAAGUGCGACCGGGCGGAAGCGGCGAAAGCGGCCGAGGAGCCGCGCGGACUGGCACUGCGGCCCUGCCUGUACAAGCGCCGGUGACGUCGGGGCUCCCUCCCGACCAAUAAAGGCCCGUCUUGCUGGAGCUGAGGGGCUUUGGCCGCCUGGAGGACCUGCUGCGCGUCAAGGGCAUCACCGCCCGGACCCUGGAGGUGAACCGUCAGCGCGUGACCUGCUCGCACCGCCCGGAGACUCCCGACGGC